CGAACUGAAUUGGUACUGCAUAAUGUGACUCCACCAUAUGAGGUGUCCAGGGUCCCGUGGCUUUUUACAGCCUCAGGUUCGCACUUAGGACACAGCAUGCGUAGUGGUGCUGAGGCCUCGUCUGUCUUCUUCCUUAAGGUGAGGUCGCUCCUCGCAGCGACGGGGUUUGCUUUCCAUAGACAGGAAAACAGAAAAAGAAAAAUCCCUCAGUGGUACGAGUGCGUUUAUCGCCUGCUGCCAAGUCUACUUCACGAUCACCACACACGAUAAUUCGAUCCAUCUGCGCCUAAAAUAUCUGUCCAUCGAAAAUCAAUGAGCAAAGGUUCGACUGCAUCUGCAAAGACUCCGACACCGCUCCCAUCGCAGUCAGCUUGUGCAAGGGGCCCGCCGCAGAAUAGCAAUUCUUCAGCUCCCUCAACGCGUUCUCAGUCUCCCGCUCCUUCCCAUGUACAGUCUAUAACUGCUUCUCAUUCCCGCCGGCCAAGUGCGUUAGGCCAGGGCGUACCCGUAAAAGGAGGCGUCAGCGUCCCGCGGAAUAACGUGGGCUCCGUCAGUCAGGGAUCUUCCUUAAAUUUUGGCUCAAUAGAUGAUGCCUCUACUCCUGUUUCGUCUUCACCUACCGCCACCCCAGUGGUUGGACAUGAAAGCGUCAAGACAUUUGGCUCUCUGCCUGUGACGACAGCCACGACAUCAACUAUCAUAAAUGGAAAAACUCCCGCUUCAGGUCCGUCCGCUGGCUCGUCGAAGCCUUCAUCAUGGCCCUCGGCGAUGGCUCCACCGAUAUCAUCAUCGACAUCAGCAACAGCCAGUCCGUCAUCGACAUCGUUAGCGGCCACGCCGUCUUCGUCUAUGCCAUCCACCAGUACAAAGUCCAGCUUUAAUGUUGCCAAACUUUUCCAGGUUAAUCUCCCAGCCUCCCAGCUUUCCUCAGACGCCACCUCUGCUUCAACACGACCGUAUAAUCUAUCUCAUCAGUCGUCAUCCGCCACACAACAUGCACCACAACAGCCGGUACAGGCUCCCCCGAUGAGCACGCAUCCCUAUCCGUCAUAUGGGCAAGGAAUGCGACCUCCCCGCGGCGCAAGUGGGCCUGGUUCACCGGCGUUUUCUCGUGCUGUACCCAAUGGAUGUGGACCGCAGUCACGGCCGACGCCAGGUCCCGGUGGUCCCGGUGGCCCUUCACUCCCUGCUAGUCCGAAACUUGCUCCUCCUACUCAUUCGCAUCCCCCUUCAUCUGAAGGCGUCCUUCCUCAACAGCCCCCCAUGCAACCCGUGCAUUGGUCUCCGUAUUACUACCUGGAAUACCAAUCGCCGCAAUGGUUUUAUCCAAUGAAACCUCCUCAUGGCAUGGGCCACGCACCCCAUGCACCUGGACCCACUCCUCAAAGCCCUCCUCACCCCGGCAUUCCCUUAUCGCCCCGAGCCCGAUCUCCGUCACUUCCUCCCGGCACUCCGAGUAUGGCUCAUGCUGUUCCACACUCUCCGCGCACUCCUCAACCUCCACCGCCACAGACGCAUCAACUUUCAGCUAGCACGAGUAUAUCACUACCUCCGCCGACGUCAUCCACAUCCAUUGCUCCAGGCGGCCGUAGCCUUGAUACCGAUGCCAGUACAAUCGUUCCCGCGGCCCCUCGAUCAGACAACAUUACCAUUAUAUGCGAAGACGGGAUCGAAGUUAAACUGGAGUCGUUCAAGAAGCCCAGCCCUCAGCCGUCUACCCCCCUGAUACCCCCACCUCCUCCAAUAACAACAAGUCGUCUGUCAGCGUCGGGGCGCGUUGAGAACCAAUGGGCCAAGUGGAUACGCAAGAGGGAAGCCAAACGGCAACGACAAGAAGAGACCGAGGCAGACACUCAGAAGGAACACGACAUCGUUGAAUCUCCGACACGAGAAUCAUUGGAAGUUGCACAAGAUGAGAUGAUCGAGAACGGAAAGGUUUUCGAGUCCUAUGCAAAUGGUGCUAGCAAGAUUUCUAGAAGCCAGAACGAGUCUCUGCGGAUUGACACCUCGGAAUUUGCCAGACGUCGGCCGGACACCCUCGAUACCAAUCCCAACAAGGUCGGGCUGGUGGAACACGGUCCGGGUGCCGCUUCUCCAGUACCUGCGCUGAAACUCGUUCCUACCCUUGAGAUGUCCACCAACCGCUGGGUUUCUGGCAGUGCCCAACGUAGAGGUGUCACCGACGUGGGUACUUCUAAGGCUGUGGACCGGAAAGUUAAAUCACUCCUCAACAAGCUCACUAUGGAGAAGUUCGAUUCGAUAUCCGACCGAAUCAUUGCAUGGGCCAACAAGUCGGAGAAUGAAAAGGAUGGACGGACCCUCAUUCAGGUCAUCAGGCUCGUUUUCGAGAAGGCUACUGACGAGGCCGACCGCAGCGAGGUUUAUGCCCGACUCUGCCGCAAGAUAAUGGAAACGAUCAGUCCCAAGGUUCAAGAUGAUGGCAUUAAGAGCACCGACGGGAAACCUAUUGCAGGUGGUCAGCUCUUCCGCAAAUACCUGCUCAAUCAAUGUCAAGACUUUGAGCGUGGUUGGGUUGCCAAGGAAGCCACAGCUCAUGCGACGGCAGCCAAAGCCAAUGGUGACGAAGCAGUCGAGGCAGCCAACGAGAAUAAGGGCCACGAGAACGAGUUCUACUCAGACGAAUACUACGCGGCUCAGAAAGCGAGACGUCAGGGUCUCGGUCUUAUCAAGUUCAUCGGCCAGCUGUUCAAACUGCAGAUGCUCACUGAACGCGUCAUUCAUGAAUGUGUCAAGAAGCUACUUGGUAAUGUGGAGAACCCCGAGGAGGAAGAGAUCGAGGGUUUGUGUCAGCUGUUAAGAAAUGUUGGCCAACUUUUGGAUGUUCCCAAGGCGCGUGCACAUAUGGACGUGUACUUCCAGAGGAUGACGGAACUCCGCAAGAACCCCAACAUUAGUCCUCGUAUACAGCUCAUGCUUCAGGAUGUGAUCGAACUCCGUGACCGGAAGUGGCAAUCUCACAAUGUGGUCGAUGUGCCUACUACGCUUGCCGAUACCACCGACACCAAGCUCCCCUGCGAGCAACCUUUCCCGAUGUCUGAAGGCACACACUCAGCGUCUAUUGGCGGUGAUCCUGCUUCUUUACUCAGCCGUCCGAGAUUCGCAAGAAAUCCUGGCCAAGGUGGAUCCAGUGGACACCCGAUGAGCGGCUGUCGUCUGUGCAACACGUGUGGCGAGAAGAGCAAGGUCGGGGAAACGGACGUUGUUACAAGCCCAAUGCCAGUUACGGUCAACCUUAAUGUCGAUGACCCUGUUCAUGUGUUUCAUGGCCGUUCUGUCCCAGAAGUACCCAGGAUGCAACCACCUCCUAAGUCAGCGCCUACGACCACAGACAUCCCAGCAGAAUCAAUGCUAUUAUCUGCGGUUCAACAGGUAAACCUUGGACCACGCCUCUCUCUCUCCGAGUUCUGUGCUAUGUAUGAAUUAUCAGAUGAGUUACAAACCAAGCUUCGAUCAAAUGGUUUCAUAUCUAGUCAUACCCUUCGGUUUACUUCACUCGAGGAUGUUAAUGCUGUUGGGCUCCUUCGCGGUGAGAUUGCACAGCUGCGUGAUGCUAUAUCACGUUGGUGUGGUGUAUAGACUCCCAAUGGUUGCCCUGUACUCAUUGUACUAGUGAUAUGAUACACAAAUGUAUGUUUAGAAGUAGGAUCAGCCCGGGUAACCAGAUAUCCUUGCUCGUACAGGUAUGGGUUAGGGGCUGGGACCCAG